AUGCUCUUCCCGAGAAGGUCCUGUCUCUGGCUGUACAUUAUAGUAGGUGUCUCUCUGGGACACGAACUGAGCAACUCUCAGCCACAUGGGGGAAAGAGCUGCUAUCGGCUUUACAUGCUUAACUGCAACUUCAAAGAAGCAGAUACUUACUGCAAGAACCAGGGAGAACUCCUGACUUUCACUUGGAACCGAGGGCUUCAGACUCACAUACAAAGCAGCUACCAAAAAGAGACAACGUGGUGGGUGGGAACAAGCCUACAGACCCUAGGAAAGCAUCAAGAGGCAACCUACUCAGGAGAUGCCGCUGACUCAAAGGCCAGAAAGUGCAACUCCGUGACCAUAUAUCCUAAUGGCAUCCUUCCAAAACUGGACCAGUGCUCGGAGACGCAUCAUUUCAUUUGCCAGAUCGAAGAAACCUACUCGUCAACCCCAUGUGACCAGCAGCGUGUUUCUUCUGAUCAGUCUAAGCCACUAUGCUUUUCCUUGGAAAUUCCAAAAGCCAUGCCAUGGAUGAUAAGCAUGGCUCCAAACAGAAGCUCACAGGUGACAUCAGCCACACCUGCACCCAGCAGCCCACCACAGGUGACACCUGCCACACCUGCACCCAGCAGCCCACCACAGGUGACAUCAGCCACACCUGCAUCCAGCAGCCCACCACAGGUGACAACAGCCACACCUGCAUCCAGUAGCCCACCACAGGUGACAACAGCCACACCUGCAUCCAGUAGCCCACCACAGGUGACAACAGCCACACCUGCACCCAGCAGCUCACCACAGGUGACAACAGCCACACCUGCAUCCAGCAGCCCACCACAGGUGACAACAGCCACACCUGCAUCCAGCAGCCCACCACAGGUGACAACAGCCACACCUGCAUCCAGUAGCCCACCACAGGUGACAUCAGCCACACCUGCAUCCAGUAGCCCACCACAGGUGACAUCAGCCAUACCUACAUCCAGCAGCCCACCACAGAUGACAUCAGCCACACCUACAUCCAGCAGCCCACCACAGGUAACACCUGCCACACCUACAUCCAGUAGCCCACCACAGGUGACAACAGCCACACCUGCAUCCAGUAGCCCACCACAGGUGACAUCAGCCACACCUGCACCCAGCAGCCCACCACAGGUGACAUCAGUCACACCUGCACCCAGCAGCUCACCACAGGUGACAUCAGCCACACCUGCACCCAGCAGCCCACCACAGGUGACAUCAGCCACACCUGCAUCCAGCAGCCCACCACAGGUGACAUCAGUCACACCUGCACCCAGCAGCUCACCACAGGUGACAACAGCCACACCUGCAUCCAGCAGCCCACCACAGGUGACAACAGCCACACCUGCAUCCAGCAGCCCACCACAGGUGACAACAGCCACACCUGCAUCCAGUAGCCCACCACAGGUGACAACAGCCACAUCUGCAUCCAGUAGCCCACCACAGAUGACAUCAGCCACACCUACAUCCAGCAGCCCACCACAGGUAACACCUGCCACACCUACAUCCAGUAGCCCACCACAGGUGACACCUGCCACACCUACAUCCAGUAGCCCACCACAGGUGACAACAGCCACACCUGUACCCAGUAGCUCUCCACGUGUGACACCAGCCACACCUGUGUCCAGCAGCCCACCACAGGUAACACCUGCCACACCCAUAUCAAACAGGUCACCAUGGCCUGUCGUGACAGAGGUCACCAGGCCGGAAUCCACUAUUCCUGCUGGAAGAUCUUUGGCAGACAUCACUUCAAGCCCAAAGGAAGAUUCUCACUCAGAAGUUCUCUCCUCUCACCCUCAAACAUCAUUUCCGAGUACAGCCUAUUGGGUCACAGAUCAGACAGCAGAGAAGUUGGUCCCAGAAAUACCUGCUUUUCAAGCACACAGUGAACUCCAGAAAGCUUAUGACAUCCUCCAGAGAGUGAGAAACUCCCCUCCGACAUCUCCUACACCAGCUCAGGUCAGCGUGGCCAAUUUGCUCAUCCACCUGAGUGAGCAGUUGCUGCUGAUGAUCCCGUUUCAGAACAAUGACAGUAGGAACUUCAAAACUCCCACAAGCCCCUUACAGGCUCUCGGAAGCACAAUAACAACCACAGAAGGAAGUCAGCAGGUUCUUCUGCCAGACACAGAGCAGGUUGAGGACAUGCUGGAGAUGUCCUUGAUGGCCCUGGGAGAGAUCCACAAAGCAUUUUCCCAACAGAGCCUGCCUCUGGAGUCGGCAGUGACCUUGACCUCUCCUGUGGCUACCGUGGUGUUGAGCAGCCACAAUGUAUCAUCUUUGCCCCUGAGCACUUAUACUCUGGGUGGCCCCGCACCCUUGAGGCUAGGUUUUCCAUCCGCAGAAGCACUGAAAGAACUCUUGAAUAAAUACACAGGAGUGAACCUUCAAGUAACAGGACUGGCUUUCAACCCUUUUGAGACUUCGGAUGACAGGAAUAUUGUUGGAAGUAUUGGAAAUGUGCUAUUGAGCUCUGAUUACCAAUCGCUCCAAGUCCAUGAUUUAAUAGAAGAUAUAGAGAUCAUGCUCUGGAGAAAUGCCAGCAUGGAGAUCCAGCCCACCAACCUCAACACAAGUACAGACCGUUUCACAAUCACAGUGAAUAUCACCUCUGUGGAGAAAACACUUAUUGUAACCAUCGAACCCGAAAGUCCUCUUCUAAUGACACUCUACCUGGGCUUCCAGGACAAACAGAACCACACUCACUUCUACCACAACACCAGCCUUCCGAGAGACCACGUGUGGCAGAAAGAUGAGGAGUACACAUGGGUGCUGACACCGGAGAGCCUGCAGUACGGGACUGGCACCUACUACAUAAUGGCCGUGGUAAAUAAAAGUACAGAGGCCACACAGCACACACCUAUCCUGGUCUCAGUGGUAACUGCUGUAACCCAGUGCUAUUUCUGGGACCGAAACAACAGGACAUGGAGGAGCGAUGGAUGCCAAGUAGGGCUGCAGAGCACCAUGCUGAAGACACAGUGUCUCUGUAACCACCUGACCUUCUUCAGCAGUGACUUCUUCAUCCUGCCCAGGACGGUAGAUGUGGAAAACACCAUCAAACUGCUUCUUCAUGUGACCAGCAACCCUGUUGGGGUGUCGCUGCUGGCCAGCCUUUUAGGAUUCUAUCUCCUCCUAGGCACGUGGGCUUGGAGGAAGGAUCGAGCAGACUUGCAGAAGGUGAAGUUGACCAUCCUGGCUGACAACGACCCCAGCUCUGCAUUUCACUACCUUAUCCAGGUCUACACUGGGUAUCGAAGGAGGGCUGCUACAACAGCCCAGGUUGUCAUCACCCUCUAUGGCUCCGAGGGGCACAGCGAGCCCCACCACCUUUGUGACCCACAGAAGAGAGUCUUCGAGCAGGGAGCACUGGACGUUUUCCUCCUCUCCACUGGGUCCUGGCUGGGGGACCUGCAUGGCCUUCGGCUGUGGCAUGACAAUUCUGGCGACAACCCUUCUUGGUAUGUAAGCCAAGUGAUCGUCAGCGACAUGACUGUGAAGAAGAAAUGGCAUUUCCGGUGCAGUUGUUGGCUGGCAGUGGACUUGGGCCACUGCGAGCGUGAUCGGGUCUUCACACCCGCCUCCAGGAGGGAGCUCUCUUCCUUCAGCCACCUGUUCUCCUCCACGAUCGUAGAGAAGUUCACCCAGGACUACCUGUGGCUUUCGGUCGCAACCCGACAUCCCUGGAGCCAGUUUACGAGAGUGCAGCGCCUCUCGUGUUGCAUGACGCUGCUCCUCUGUGACAUGGUCAUCAACGUUAUGUUCUGGAAGAUGGGUGCUACCACGGCCAAGAGGGGCUCUCCUUUCGUAGGUCCGUUGGCUGUGACCUGGUCAGAGAUAGUCAUCAGCUUCCAGACUGCCAUCAUCCUCUUCCCUAUCCAUCUUGUCUUUGGGCGGCUCUUCCAGUUGAUUCACCCACUAGAAACUCUGCCCCCUCUUCCUCCCACCCAGGCUGCCUGCCCCUCAGGUCUUGUGUGUGAGUCCCCAUCUCCUACACAGGUGGUCAUGGAAUUGAAGCAAACUGUGGGGUUCCUGCUCAGAAGAAAUGCUCACCUGCUCUCGGAACGUGAACAGUCUUCGUGGAGUUCUUGUGACAUUGACACGCUGGUGACGCUUUUAUCCAGCCUCAUUUGUUCUCACUUAGAAGAGCAAGGCUGUCACCAGCAGAGGGAAGCCCGGAGGGAAGCCGCGGAAAACCACCACCAUUUCUGCCGCUAUCUGCUCCAAGUUCUGCAGAGACUGAAAUCCCACCUAAGUGCGCUCGGUGCUGCUCAGGCCCACCAGCCCUGUGACUUCUCAGGAGCGGUUAGCCAACUCCAAAACCUCCAGGAACUCCUGCAAACGCAGAUUCUUCCCAGGGAUGGAGGGCCAUGCAGGCACACGACCAGUUUCCCAGUCCUAAGCCCAGAAGAAGGGAAGAAGCACAUGUCUUUGUGCCUGGUCAGGUGGUUGAAGUACAGCUGCUGGCUCCUCCUAGGUGUCAUGAGCCUGGUUUCAGCUUUUUUCACAACACUUUAUAGCCUGGAGCUGAGCAAAGACCAAGCCACCAGCUGGGUUAUUUCGAUGCUGCUAUCAGUCCUUCAAGACAUCUUCGUCAGCCAGCCCAUGAAGGUGAUCGUCCUCUCCUUCCUGUUCUCACUGACAGCGAACCAGAUGCCAUGGCUUAACAAAGACAAGGAACAACAUGCCAAGAGAAUCGUAGCACUUUGGGCGAAGUGUUCCUCAUCAGCUCCUGGUUUGAGAGAUAAGAACAAUCCCGUCUAUACGGCCCCAGCAGUGGCCAGCUCUGCCAGGCACCCAGGAAGAGCCUGGAAGAAGCAGCUCUUCAAGCUGACUGGCGGUAGCCUGGUCCAGAUCCUCUUUCUGGGCCUGCUGAUGGCUACCGUCUACUCCGCCAGGGACUCCAGUCAGUUCCUCCUCCAUCAGGCUAUCUCGAAGAGGUUUUCCCACCGCUUCUCCGAAAUCAAACUUCUGAAGGAUUUCUACCCCUGGGCCAACCACACCCUCCUUCCCAACCUGUAUGGGGAUUACAGCGGAUUUAUUACUGAUGGGAAUUCCUUUCUUCUGGGCAAUGUUCUGCUUCGCCAGAUUCGCAUUCCUAAUAGCACACUCUUCCCAGUAUCUCUCCACGAACCAGAGAACUCACAGCCCCAGCAUCAGGAGGACAGAGAGAACUAUGGGGUCGACUGGGCCCCCCCUGAUACAAACAUCACAGAAACUGACAGUAUUUGGCAUUAUCAGAAUCAGGAGCUACUGGGAGGCUAUCCUAUCCAGGGAGAGUUUGCCACUUACUCGGGAGGAGGAUACGUUGUGAAGCUUGGGAGAAACGCCAGUGCCGCAGCCAGAGUUCUGCGGCACCUGGAACAGAGGCGAUGGCUGGAUCAUGGCACCAAAGUCCUCUUCGUGGAGCUUACAGUCUUCAAUGCUAACGUGAACCUGCUGUGUGCGGUGACCCUCAUUUUGGAAUCCAACAGUGUGGGGACUUUCUUCACCUCUCUACGCCUCGACAGUCUGACUUCCCUCCAGUCAUCCGAGAGGAGUUUUGCUUGGAUUAUCUCACAAGUCAGCUACUACCUGCUUGUCUGUUACUACACCUUCAUACAGGGCUGUCGGCUGAAACGGCAGAGGUGGAAGUUCCUCACUAGGAAAAGAAACCUUCUGGACACGAGUAUAAUCCUCAUUAGCUUCAGCAUUUUGGGGCUCAACAUCCAGAGCCUUUCUCUCCUUCAUAAAAACAUGCUGCAAUAUCGCCGUGACCGGGACAGGUUCAUCAGUUUCUACGAGGCACUGAAAGUGAACUCAGCUGUCACUCACCUCAUGGGCUUCCUGGUUCUGUUGGCAACUGUGCAGCUGUGGGACAUACUGCGACACAAUGCCCAGUUCCAGCUCAUCAGCAAGACGCUGAACAAGGCCUGGGAUGAGGUGGUUGGCUUUAUACUGCUCAUCGUGACCCUGCUGAGCAGCUAUGCCAUGACUUUCAAUCUGCUGUUUGGAUGGAGCAUCUCUGACUACCAGAGUUUCUUCAGCUCCACAGUGACUGUUGUUGGCCUCCUGAUGGGAAUUUCUAGCCACAAGGAGGUUAUUGCUCUCUACCCGGUCCUCGGCUCCUUUCUGGUCCUCACUAGCAUCAUCUUGAUGGGACUCGUCAUCAUUAAUCUUUUUGUUUCUGCCAUUCUCAUUGUCUUUGGAAAAGAAAGGAAGGCCCUUGAGAAAGAAGCUACACUGACAGAUAUAUUACUACAAAAGCUCUCAAGCUUGUUAGGAAUCCGCCAGCAGCAGAAUCCUUCAUCUGAGAAGCAUGCUGACAACACUGGUUCCUCAAAUCUGCGGGAAAGAUCAUCAAAGUCUAUGUCUUCUGAUGCUGAGGUACUGGCUCCAGCAGAUGCAGUUGGGAGUGUGUCCGGCACAGAUGGCAACUCUGGCAGUACAAAGUUGUUGUAAUUAUCCAUGGGUCUGGAAGGGGGCUUUGCAGGAGCUUCUGGCUUGGG